AUGAAAGCAAGAAAAGAAGAGUGUGUAAAAGUAGCCAUAAGAUGUCGUCCAAUUUCACAGAAAGAGCAAUAAGACAAUCGUUAAGAAAUAGUAAAGAUGUAUCCUGAAAGAGCACUUCCGAUAGUUGAAUCAGUUUUAGAGGGUUAUAAUGGUACUAUAUUCGCUUAUGGUUAAACAGGAACAGGAAAAACACAUACAAUGGAAGGAAGAGCUGAUCCACCAGAUUAAAGAGGUAUUAUACCUCGUGCUUUUGAGCAUGUAUAUAGGGUAAUAGAAGGUUCUCCAUCGAAACAAUUUUUAGUUCGAGUGUCUUUUCUUGAAUUAUACAACGAAGAAAUUCGAGAUUUAUUAUCAAAAAAUGCCAAAAAUAAACUCUAGCUUCAUGAAAACUAAGACUCUGGAGUUUAUGUAAAAGAUCUUUCUUCAUUCAUAAUUUAAAAUCCUUAAGAAAUGAAAGAUAAAUUAGAACUAGGUAGAUAAAAUAGGGCUGUUGGAGCUACAAAUAUGAAUGAAGGAUCUUCUAGAUCGCAUUCUUUAUUCAUGAUUACUGUUGAAAUGUGUGAAACUGUGGAUGGUUAAUAACAUAUUAGGGUUGGUAAGUUAAAUCUUGUAGAUCUUGCAGGUUCUGAAAGGCAAUCUAAAACAUAGGCUACUGGUGAUAGGUUUAAGGAAGCUAUUAAUAUUAAUUAAUCCCUUUCUACUUUAGGUAAUGUUAUAUCAGCAUUGGUUGAUAAUAAACCUUAUAUUCCUUAUAGAGAUUCUAAAUUAACUAGACUUCUUUAAGAUUCAUUAGGAGGAAAUACUAAAACAGUUAUGAUUGCAAAUAUUGGACCUGUAGACUAUAAUUAUGAUGAAACUAUUAGUACUCUAAGGUAUGCUAAUAGAGCAAAAAGUAUAAAAAAUAAACCCAAAAUCAAUGAAGAUCCUAAGGAUGCGAUGAUAAGAGAAUAUUAAGAAGAAAUUACUAGAUUAAAAGAAGAGUUAAGCAAAAAAGUUGGAGGAAAUGUUAAGAUUGGAGCUGAUGGAAAAUUACAAAAAAUUAUUGAAUUUUCUGAAGAAUUAGAUGAUUGGAUUAUUAAAGAUUCAACCCAUAAAGAUAUGAUUUAAAAAAAGCCUCAAUCAGCAUUUGGAUUUAAAAGACCUCUUUGUGAAGCAUCAAGAAUGGCUAUAAAUCUUGGAGAUAGUAAUCCUAGAUAUAGAACAGAUAAUAUUUUAACACUUGAUUUAGAAAUAUCUGAAAGAAUUAGUGAAGAUUAUCAAAAGACAAAUUACUCCUAAAGUUUAAGAAACUAUAAAUGUUGCGCUUAAUGA